AUGUCGGCACCCGCACCGCAAGACCCUGUCUCUCACGUUGACGCCAAAAAGCUUGAGGCUGUCAGGAGGAAGUAUGCCGAGGAAGCAGAGAAGAGGCUGAGACCGGAAGGCUCUGCACAAUUUCAACCCCUCAACGAAGCCUCAGAGGAUCGACUACACUCACUUCUCGAUGAUCCGUGGGCGGAUCACGCAAGACUGAAUGCCAAACCAUCGCCAUUCCGCGAUACCAAGCAUACCCGAUUUUUCGUUCUAGGAGCCGGAUUCGGAGGCCUACUAUACGCGGUAAACCUCAUUAAAUCUGGUGUUGCAACCGCAGACGAAAUACGAAUCGUCGAUGCGGCUGGCGGUUUUGGCGGGACUUGGUACUGGCAUCGGUAUCCCGGACUGCACUGCGACCUCGAGAGCUAUUGCUAUCUACCUCUUCUUGAGGAAACUGGUUACGUCCCGACCAAGAAGUACGCCCCGGCCGCGGAAAUCCGACGAUAUGCGGAACUCAUUGCGUCGCGAUGGAAGCUUGACGACAAGACUCUGUUCCGGUCUGACGUGCAUAGUGUGCAGUGGGACGAUAAGAAGGAACUCUGGAAUAUCAGUCUCUCUGAGAGAUGUGGUCCUGGAGAACCCGUGAUCAAGCAAGAGAUCCAGGCGCAGUAUGUUUACCUGGCCGCGGGUGUUCUCACAAAACCACAAGUGCCAAAGAUUUCCGGUCUCCUUUCCUACAAAGGGGACAUAUUCCACACGUCUAGAUGGAACUACGAUGUCACCGGAGGAUCUCAAGAAGAUCAAACACUCGCCAACUUGCGAGACAAGAGGGUCGCGAUAGUCGGCACGGCCGCAACGGCCAUAGGAGCAAUCCCCACGCUCGCCAAGUUCGCAAAGGAGUUGUACGUGGUGCAGCGAACACCAGCAUACGUCAAAGAACGCGGUCAACAGGACACAGACCCCGAAACUUUCAAAGCUACUGUCGCCAGAAAGAGAGGUUGGCAAUUCGAGAGGCAGAUCAACUUGAACCGACACAUGACCAACGCCCUCUUGCCAGGCCAGCCCAACUUGGUCAACGAUGGCUGGACUGAUAUGCCCGCUUACUCCGCGGUCAUGGGCUCGCCCGCCCAUGGCAUCGUCAACCCUUCCCCAGAAGACCAAGACCGAAGGGCCACCUGGUUCCACGCCCUGGACCUGCCACAUAUGGACCGUGUACGCGCUCGAGUCAGCAGCAUCGUGAAGGAUGAAGCUACCGCGGAGAGAUUGAAGCCCUGGUACCCCUCUUGGUGUAAACGUCCGACAUUCAGCGAUGAGUAUCUACAGGCUUUCAACGAUCCGCAUGUACAUCUCCUCGACACUAAGGGUAAGGGACCAUCUCACGCCACAGAGAGAGGCAUCGUCGUCGCUGGUGAGGAGUAUCCCGUCGACGUCAUCAUCUUUAGCACAGGCUAUUCCGUCGCUGGUGGUCGCACGGGAGGCAGUCCAGCAGAACGAGUCGGCAUCGAGGUUCUCGGACGUAAUGGCAUCUCAUUGGACGACAAAUGGCGUCGCAACGGCGCUGCCACACUGCAUGGAUACCUCACGAACGAGUUUCCCAACCUCUUCUUCUCCGGUACGUCUCAGGGUACCAUUACGGGCAACAAUGUGUUCAUGUUGGGUCUCAUUGCUCGACAUGUCACGUACAUCGUCUCCGAGGCUGAGAAACGAGUCGGUGCUGGCCAAAGGGCCAUCGUCGAGGUGACACGAGAAGCAGAGGAACAGCACAGUCUGGAGGUUGCUAAGAGGGCUCCUUUCUUUUCGUCGCUUGCGGGAUGUACCCCGGGAUACUUCAACGGACACGGUCAAGCGGCCUCAGACGACCCUAGAGAGAGGGCCAAGCAGGCACGGGGAGUCGUGUGGGCUGAAGCACAAGCAUAUGUUAUCCUUGAGGCUCUCAACCUCGCUUGA